AUGGAUCCACUCCCGCAGCUGCCAGAGCACGAGGUUGUCGUGGUGAACACAUUCCUCCAGGUCAAGGAGAAGCGACCUGACUUCGGUCGUGCUGGCACAGCCCCUGCUCUGCGACAUACUCGCACCCUCGACUUGGAAGAGGAGACGCCGGCUGGCGCCAACGAUGGUGAUGAUGCCGAAGCAAACAGCCAGGAAACGGAGGAAGCACCUGACGAGGACACAUCGAGCAAGCGCCAGCCUGCCCAGAAGAAGCCAAGUUGGCAGAGGCUUAACACCCCAGACUUGUGGGAGCAGCAGCUCAUGAUGGAGCAAGUGGCCUCGGGCAAGCGACCACCAGCGCAAAAGAAGCCCAGCUGGCAGCGGAUAAACACUCCAGAUCUCUGGGAACAACAGCUCAUGAUGGAAGCGCAGCUGUCGGCUGACAAGAGAAUCGUGGUGGAAGGAUAUCCGGCGACAGCAACGGCUGCGGUUUCAGAGGCUCCAGCUCCUGCUCCGGCCGUACCUCCCGAGCCGCAAGGGCCACAAGUGCCGUCCGUCUCCGCACCAGCAGUCACUCAAGAGAUGCGGUAUGUUGGAGUACCGUUUAUGGUGGUGCCUUCCGACAGCCAAAACGUCCCAUUGCAGCAACUUCCGCAGGCCGAGCAGGGCUCUGAUGCGGCCCUGCCACAGGGGCAGCAGCAGGGGCAGCCGCAUGGGCAGGGGCAGCAGCCGCCCACUUUAUUGGGGCGCACAGCGUCGCCGCGCCCAGAUGACAGAAAGUCGAACCCAGCCAAGCAGAGGCAGGUGCCAGAGCUGCCAGAGCCACUGGCGCCGGGAGCAGUUGAGUGCACUGCAUCAGCGAACGGUGGACAGCGAAUUCGUUGGUGCGUAGACGGGCACAAGCUGGAGUCUCAUGCGGAGAAGCUCAUCAGCCCGGAGUUUGAGCUGAAGGUCGGACGAGAAACCCAGCCUUUUCGGCUGAUGGUUUUGGCAACAGAGACCGGUGGACGACACGGUUCUGGAUUCAAGAAGGCCAAAGGACGCUGCUUUCUUGAGAUGAAGUGUCUAGGCUCCUUAGAGGGCGCGCUUAUAACAUCCAUGCUCGUAACUGCUGGGACGGGCAGCCGAAAGCAGAAAGGGCGGGAAGUGGUGAAGCACAGCUUUGCAGAAAAGAAUUGUUGCUCCUUGCCGAAAGGCCAAGAUCCAGUUUGGGAUCUCAAGGCUUCACUAUGUAAAGAAACGAAGUCCAUUGACAUUUGCGUAGAGGUCCUACCGUACCCCGGCUAA